CAGAACGCAGGCUGCACCGAGAAGGGAGGUACAGACUGUACUGCACGGCCUUUUUAUAUUUCGUAUGAGCACAACGCCUUCGUUUAUAAAGAUGUGGACGGCUAUAGGGAAACUGCUUCUUUUACACAUGGUACUAGUGGGGUUUCUGCUGGUAAAAGGAAAUACACCGGACUGUGAAAGCGGUCAGUUUCAAUGCAGGAACGGCAGGUGUAUCCCGACUCCAUGGAGAUGCGAUGAUGACGAUGACUGCUCGGACAACAGCGAUGAGGAGAACUGCCCAAAAAAGACAUGUGCCACUACAGACUUUGCAUGUAAGAAUGGGCAGUGUGUCCCGGCCCGAUGGAGGUGUGAUGGAGAACCCGAGUGUCCAGAUGGUUCGGAUGAAGCAGACUCCACCUGCAGUCGACAGACGUGUCCACCAGAGAAGUUUGACUGUGGCGGCUCCACAAGCAAAUGCGUGUCAUUGUCAUGGCGCUGCGAUGGAGAACAGGACUGUGAAAAUGGAGCAGACGAGGAGCAGUGUGCUGCAGACGCCAAGGCUUGCCCUGCUAAAGAGUUUCAGUGCCACAACCGUCUGUGCGUGGCUCCCACGUUCGUCUGCGAUGGGGAUGAUGACUGCGGCGACGGCAGCGAUGAGGAGAAGUGCACGGCAGCCACCGCCAGCACCUGCGGGCCGCACGAGUUUCGAUGUAACGACUCCGAGUGUAUUCCAGCGCCGUGGAGCUGCGACGGAGACCCUGACUGCAAAGACAAGUCGGAUGAAUCUCUGGAGCGCUGCAGCCGCAGGACAGAGCCUCAAAAGCCCCACUGCCCAGCGGGGGAAUUCCGGUGUAGGAGUGGAGAGUGUAUUCACCUCAACUGGAAAUGCGAUGGAGAUGCAGACUGCAAGGACAAGUCCGAUGAGGCCAACUGUCCUGUGCUGACCUGCCGCCCCGAUGAGUUCCAGUGUGGAGAUGGCUCCUGCAUUCACGGCACUAAGCAGUGCAACAAAGUGCACGACUGUCCAGAUUUCAGCGAUGAGGCUGGCUGCAUCAACAAAACCACCAAAUGUGAAGGCCCACUGAAGUUCAUGUGUAAGAGCGGGGAGUGCAUCGACAGCGGUAAAGUGUGUGACAGUAUCAAGGACUGCAAGGACUGGUCUGACGAGCCUGUGAAGGAGUGCGGUCUGAAUGAAUGUGCCAUCAAUAAUGGCGGCUGCUCUCACAUAUGUAAGGACCGUCAGAUCGGCUAUGAGUGUGAAUGUCCCUCAGGCUACAAGCUCCUGGACAAGAAGACUUGUGGAGACAUAGAUGAAUGCGAGAACCCUGAUGCCUGCAGUCAAAUAUGUAUCAACCUGAAAGGCGACUACAAAUGUGAAUGCUAUGAGGGUUACGAGAUGGACCCGGUUACCAAGACGUGUAAAGCAGUGGGUAAGAGCCCGUAUCUUAUGUUUACUAAUCGGCAUGAGAUCCGGCGCAUUGACCUGGUGAAGAAGGACUAUACUCAGGUAGUGCCAACCCUGAAGAACGCUGUGGCUCUAGAUGUGGACGUGACCACCAACAAGAUGUACUGGUGUGACCUCUACCAUCGCAAGAUCUUCAGCGCGUACAUCAACAAAGCCAGCGAUGCUUCUCAGCAGAUCACGCUCAUAGACACUGCACUACAUUCUCCAGAAGGCCUAGCAAUGGACUGGGUCCAUAAAAACAUCUACUGGACCGACUCUGGACACAAAACUAUCUCGGUUGCGACUGGCGAUGGCAAGAAAAGGAAGGUGUUGAUCGACACAGAGCUUGGUGAACCACGUGCCAUCGCAGUUGACCCAAGACAAGGGUUCAUGUACUGGUCAGAUUGGGGAACGCAGGCCAAGAUCGAGAAAGCCGGAAUGAACGGAGUAGAUCGACAAGUUCUGGUUUCAGAGAGGAUCGAGUGGCCCAAUGGGAUUGCUCUCGAUCUGUCUAGUAGACGACUCUACUGGGUGGAUUCCAAGCUUCAUCUGAUCUCCAGUGUGGACCUGAAUGGAGACAAUCGUAGAGUUUUGCUGUCUUCCAUGGAGCAUCUUGGACAUCCCUUUGCCCUGACUCUUUUUGAGGAUCGUGUUUACUGGACAGACUUAGAGGAUGAGGCCAUCUACAGUGUGAACCGACUGACAGGGCAUGAUGUGGCAAUGCUGGCUCAACAUCUCAACAACCCCCUGGAUGUGGUGGUGUUCCACGAGCUCCGGCAGCCUCAAGCUCCAGACACAUGCAACAUGGGAAGCCUGCCUAAUGGCGGCUGUGAGUACCUGUGCCUCAGAGCUCCUCAGAUCACAGACCACUCGCCCAAGUACACGUGUGCCUGUCCUGACAACAUGGAACUGGGCCCAGACAUGCGCCGCUGCGUGACGGUCAAACCCAAAACAUCGACUUCUGCAAGUACAACCACUACUACGACACCGGAACCUUCUACUACUGUGACUCCUACAACCACCACUGCAGCUAUAAACACAGAUACACCUACAACAACCAGUACGGUCUCUACAACUACACCGACACCGACUGUGUCAAGUACAACCACCACCAGCCCCACCACGACCACUCAUUCCACCACCACACACUCCACGGCCACUUCAACCACAGAGACCACUCAGUCCAGCACUACAGCACCAGGAAGAGAGCCAACCUCCAGCCAGACAACAGCAGAUCUCAGACAGACGUCUACGACCAUCCACGGCAACAGCAUACAAGGGGCCAAUGGCAAUCUCUCUCACCGCGCUGGCAGUGGAAAUGACCACUUCCUCCUUGGUAGCAAUAUAACCGUUGCUGUUCUGGGUAUAGUCAUUCCAAUAGUUCCUAUCCUUGCCACAGUGGUCAUCGGCCUGAUGUGCACCGGAGGCUACCUGGUGUGGCGCAACUGGAGGAGACGAAACACCAAGAGCAUGAACUUCGACAACCCCGUUUACCGCAAGACCACGGAGGACGACGACGACGAAAUCCACAUCGGCCGCAGCGAGCAGAUCGGCCACGUCUACCCUGCAGUGAGUGGCAGUGCCAGACAGCCAUACCUAGCACUGCCACUGGGGGGCGGUAUCCCAGACCCGGCAGCUCACUGGUACUCAGGGGCACCUAUGCUGUCCAGCGCAAAGUGAACAAAGGGAGGAAGUCAGUCGGAUAGUGAUCAAAUGUGGGCGAGGCUAAGACAGUGUUCCCUAAGAGAGGGCAUUAUGCUGCCUCUUCCCAAACGCAUAUUUAUAUUCAUAAUUCACCACACAUUUUCAUUCAAAUGUAUGUUUAAUUAGUGUACGGAUUACCAUGUGACGUUUCAUUAGUCUGUAUGUGUUUACCAUAGGCUGAGUCCGAAAUCGCAUACUCUCCAAGUAGGUACUUUUUGAAUAAGUAAUUGUGAGUAUUGUAGUGUAUAGUAUGCUUGUGUGUAAUUUGUACUAAGUGUUGUCAUUAGCCCCAUCACGCAGUAAUACCAGUAAACUGCUGUAAAAUUACCGGAACUAUUUACCUGGUAAAUCCAACAAUGCGCUGUCCACACAGGCAAUGACGUUGUGUCUUUUUCCCGGUAAGUUCACACACAAUCUCUUAGUAAAGUCUGUAAGUGUGACCUGUCACCUUGGCAUAAUGGGUUAGUAAAUUGCCCAUUCAAUGCAGAAAUAGUUUAAUGAAAACGAAACUGUUUUAUGACUACUAUGAAUUCACACAUACUAUACUUGUCAUAUACAGUGUUCUCCUACUAUAUACUAGGAUAUUAUGCGAUUUUUGGAUGCAGCCACAGUCUUUGGUUUCUUGUGUUGUGUGUGUGUGUAAAGCUUUAAAUGCUUUCCACGUUUGAAAGCUUUGAAAUUGUGCUCUCCCAUUAUCCCAUAGUUGUUGUUUUUUAUGAAUUCAGUAUAACUGCUUUAGGGAUGAGCAACGAGCACCUUAAAUGACUGGACAAUCUUUGAAUAUAUUUUAAUUAAUUUAUUUAUGUAGGUGUUUUGCUGGUAAUUUAUUUGAAUGAUUUAUUGAAUGAUUUAGUCAUAUAUUUGCAUAACCGUCGGGUCGGGAUGAAAUAGUUAGCAGGGCGCUGUUGAGAGCUGUUAGUCAGAUGGAGGGAUUUUAACGGUGUGAUUUGAACUUCCUGUGCUACAGUCGGCAUGUCAAGCACAAGCAGAGAUAAAGACAUCAGUCGCGCAGUAGAAACGAGGCGGGACGCCCCAGUGGCAUAACAGGAUUCUCUCAAGCGCCCCACACAUGGCGCUCUUCACUGUGUGUGUGUGUGUGUGUGUGUGUGUGUGUGUGUGUGUGUGUGUGUGUGUGUGUGUGUGUGUGUGUGUGUGUGUGUGUGUGUGAAGGACCUGCAUAUCAGAUGUUUCUGUAUCCGUCUCCUUCUCCAUGGGCCUUUUUAUUCUGUAUAUUUCUCACCUUCUUUUUUUUCUCAACACGUGUAACUGUUUUUUAUCUGCUCUCCGCAGCGCGUGGCGCUCAGUCCAGACGAUGACGGGUUCCCCUGAGGGCGAUUCUUGCACUCGCUCUCUCCUUCUCCAUCCCUGAAUCCGUGCGUCCUUUAGUCCUCCAUCUCUCCUUCCAUCGAGGAGGUCGCACGAGACAACGCAGCAAGGCGCACAGAGCCAAAAGGACACGAGCACUUGCUCUCCACAGCCGAGAGCUACAAACUGGGUUUGUCUUCUCGUAGUGUCUUUUUCAGCCCAUAAACCCUCAGUCGGGCUAUAAUCACUAGUUCUUUAAAUUAACUACUAGCAUCAUUCCUGCUCUGUGUCAGUAGUAGUAGGUAGUGUUGUUUAAUGAUGACUAACUUCAUAGCUCAUCACUUUAGUAGUCGCUAACACUCAGUGGCUCUCCUGCUGCACUCGUGCUGUAGUUUUUUUAAUUAGAAAUAGCGAUUCAAGCUGGUUUCAGUUGAUCUGUGGCCAUUUCGUUUGGCAAAACGUGAUUGGAGAGAAUUGAGAGCAUGCAUCCUGUGAGCAUGCGAGAUACAUUGAUGGAAAAUAUGAAAUUGGGAUGGGAUUGGGAUUAGAUGGGAUGUGGAAAAUUCAUAUUUGCAGACAUACUAAACACAAAUUCCACCAAGUGGCUGUUAUGCAUUCGUGUAAUCUCACAAACGAAUAAUAUACCACAAACAAUAAGAUUUACCUUGUAAAUAAAUCAGAAUCUGUACUUUUCUUUUCAUACUUCCAAUGCCAAGACUAGUAUACUUUCAUGUCUUCCAUAGUCACUCCAGUCAGAUUUGACCCUUGCUAAAGAUCUGCAGCCACUAUCUGGAGAUAAAGGGUUUUACCUCCCAACUUCGAGAGGCAAUAUUUCUUUUCCAUUUUUGUUUAUUUCACCAGCACUGGGGCUUCCAUUUUUCUCAAGUUUCUAGGACCAACUAAAUUCUUCCUGCCCAGGCACAUUUAUAACCCCCAAACUUUAGCUCAGGACAUCAGUUUUUCUAAAAUAUUAUCAGUUAUCGCUACAAUCUGUGUGGUUUGUUAUCACAAACACGCUAAUAGAUACGGUAGCCAGGGUUUGAUAAUGGCUAAAAUGCUGUUUGUACAUAUCUACAGUCUAGAUCGCUCUCUCUCAGACAGGCAAAGACACACUCACACACAUACGCACUCUCGCACAAACACAAAUGUGUCUUUUCCGCCCCUAUAUUCGUCAUGCCUCGGGUAAAACUCUUUAGCAUUUAGCAUGCUGACAACAAGACAUCGCCUGCCAUAUUGGGUGGCUUAAUGGCGUGAUAGAUUAGAGUCGUAGAUCAAAGCUUUGCUCCUCUGAACAGUCAUUUGUUCAACGCGUGGCACAGGAAAUGUGGAGUGCCUGAAUAUAGGCUUCCUGUACAUAUCAACUCUCCAACUCUCUCAAUGUGAUGAAUGAGCGCUUGGUUAUUUCUGUAUGGCUGUCAGAGGGACACUGACUGAUUGAACGGAUGUAGAAAAAGAAAAAAAAAUUGUUUUGAUCUGCCUGGAUAUGCCUGCUGAUAAAAAGGUUUUUUUUGCUGGUUUUAGUUAGAAAAGUCUGAAUUGAUAGUUUGAAGGGUUUGAUGUACUGACAGUGGUUAUCAACUUUCGCACCCCCGUUUGUCAAGAUAAUAGCCUUUUAAUUUAGACUGAAAUACAUAAACAAAAAAAAUAUUAAUUUAAGGCUUAUUUGGGGGAACCCUGAUGGUUUUCCAUUUGCCCUGUUUGAGAACCACUGAUUUACAGAUCUUAGAGACCAUCAAGGCCAUCUAAACCAGCCUAAAAACACCUAAGGCUGGAUUAAGCUUUUCCAGCAUUGAUUAAAACUUGGCAUGUGGCAGUAUGUCUGUGUACUGAGGUAGUUUUGAAGUAGUAGUCAUGCGAGUCGCCCUUUGUUGAAGACUACUGAAGGUCCCAGAGACGCAUUCGUUUGGUUCUGGCCCGCAUGUGGGUGGUCUCGCGUCUGGAGUGGUUCUUUGUUCCUGCCACCUUUGCUCUUCUCUGCUGUGAUGAGGCAUCUUGUGAGCGGCUCUUGUAAAACAUUCAUCCACAUUUCAAAGAAUUCUCCAUUAAGUCACUGUUUGUUUUCCAUUAGGAAGAGAGACAGUGUGGGAGUUUCCAUGCUCAGGCUUUUGUCUGAGGAUUAAAGAAGCUGCAGUUUGUAGUUGGUUUUCUGAUCAGAUGUGCUUGAGAUGAGGACAUGAUGUGGAGAAAACAGACCUUUUGUCAGCGAUAUUAUAGUUAGUUUAAUUUUUCAUCCCUAACAAUUUCUCAUGUCAAACUGUGUAUGCAGUAUUGAAAGUAUAAUGGAUGAAUCGAUUUUCUAGAUUAUUUUUAGAAAUGGAAGCGGUAAAAUUUUAAAUGCUUCGAAUACUUUCCAUAUAUGUCAGUUCUGAAAAUGUGAAACUUUUAGUUUUUGAUUUGAAAAUCUCAGACUAGCAAUACAGGGUAAACAAACUGCUUCUUGUGCUUUUUCAGAACUGUAAUGUCAUAAAUUAUUGUUUGAUCAUUAUCAUUGGUUUCUUCAGAUGCACCUUGCUGAAAAAAGCUUAAACCAGCCUUAUCUAGUUUGCUGGUCUUAAUAAAUCUGGUUUGCUGGUUUUAGAUGGAUUUUUGGCACUUAACGGCUGGUUUAGACUAAAAUAAACUACCUGGACACCAGACUAGGAGACCAACUAAGACAAGAAAAAAAAAUUAUAGAUAGGUUUCAGACAUUUGUCAACAGAUUAGGCAGGGGGACCAACAAAAAACGUAUUGGUUAAUAAAUCCAGAACAAAAAACAGCCUAAACUGCUUUUAGAUGCAUUUUGGGCACUUAUUGGCUGGUUUGUUGGCCAGCUGAACCAACUGGACUCCAAACUGAGACUAGCUAAGCUAGUUUUAAAUGGGUUUUGAGCAUUUGACCGUUGGUUAGGCUGGGAGACCAGCUUGCUAACCAGCUAAACCAACAAAAAACAAACAUUGCCAGACUGGAAGACCCGUUAAGACCAGCAAAUAAGCCUAGGUGGAUUUAAUCAGGUUUUUUGUUAAUCAGAAGGGGGCAUCAUGCACAUUUUUUUCCUGACCCCGUUGUUAUCAGGUGCUGCUCUAGAGUUAGCUCGAAAAUGUUUUUAUGGGAAACUUUGUUACACUGAGCUCUCUAGCUGUCAAGGUUCCUACAAACUGAUCUCUUAGCGUGUUAUAAUUUAGUAUGUGUGGGACACAUUUUCAAUAAACACAUGUACGGUCUGCUCACAGAAGAUUCUAGAACAGGCUUUUAGACCUUGGAUUUUCUGCCUCUCUGUAGAUAACACAGUACUUCGUGACCGUUGUCCAUCGUUCUUACUCUAUGCAUAUGUACCGGCGGGUCCUGCCUUCCUAUAGCACUGCAGGGACUCGCCACGCUGCUCCUUCACCCCACUCCACUGUGACUAACAUUCGUGAUGUCCGUAACUCCUCCUCAUCGCUGUCUACUUGUCAUUCCCAUCAGCCCAACAAGUAGGACAUUGCUUUCGAAAGGGCUACCAUUCUUUUAAAAUGGACGAUACACUGGACGAUAUGCUGAAACCUCUCCUGGAACAGCGCUCCUUAGUUCGGUGGACUCGUACACAGCUGACUCUAACACGGACGAGUCAGGUCCUCCACACCCAUGAUAACAUUCCCGUGUGUUCUCUUCGUGACCUGUGGAAAAAAAAAAGACAUCUAUUUUGGUUUCCCCCUAUGAGAUCAUGUUGACAUGAUGUAUAUUACUUGAAGAACUGUUCAUUUUUUUGUAUGGUUUGUAGGCGUUAAUUUCAGGAGAGGGGGAGGAAGGAGGGCCUGUCAAUCCUGUCAUUUGAGGACACAUGCGUCCCAGUUAUUCCAUAGCUGUUUGGAGACAUUUUGUACGCUGUUUGUUGCACAAACUUUUUCAAGAAGCCUUCUGCACUGUGUAAAUGAUUACAUAGGAUGGGGGGAAGGGUGACCGUUGCAGUCCAAUGAGUCUGAAUCAUGAUUUGUAAAUAUGUUUUCAUACAGCAAAACUUUUGAUAAGGUUUUAAACAUUUCUUGUAAAAAGAAGAUGUGUAUGUUAGUCUCCUGGAUGAAAAAGAGUGUAGACCAUACAUGGAUUUGUUUGUACUCAAGAGCACUGGAUUUCUUUACUACUUGAUUGUAACUAAAAUUAAUAAUCUGCCAAAGUGUUUUCAAUUUUUUUUUUUUUUUCUUCCUCCUGGUCUUAAUUUUAUUUUUGCUUUUUAACCGUAAACAUAGCAGAAAUAGUGUUUUAAUUUGUAUCUGUACAUUUAUUUAAUAGAUAAAUUAAAUUGUAAUUCUAUUUAAUAGGUUACGGUCAGUGUUGAAAGAGAGGGUUACAGUUUAAUUUAUUGGUGCCUUGUAUGUGUUUAUGUAUAUUUUCCAAUAAUGUUAUGUUUUGUUUGCUUUUCUGGUGUCUGUGUCAGUGGGUCGGAGGUGGUGGGAAUAGGGAGGGGGUUUUAACGUUAGCAAAACUGUACUUACAUGGAAUAUCUGUACUGUAUGCCAAAAUGGUCUCACUCACGUUUCUAUGAAAUUCAAGUUGUUGAUAAAUAUCUAUAUAUUGAUAUAUUAAAUUGUUAAAAAUA